UCUCGUGGAUGUAUAUUUAUCAUUCUGUGGAAUAUAAUACUAUUAGGAACAAUGUUUGAUCGGCGUCGCUUUGAAUUCAGAAGAGUUCACCAUCUUUACAGUCUCCUGCAAAGCUGUUAUAAGACUCGCUGAUGUGAACAUGGAGAUGUCGACGUGGAGGAAGUUGGGGUUGACGGGGCUGCUGGUGUACACUGCGGCACUCGAGGGGAGUUUCACAGGCGUGCUCGGACCGACAUUGCCAGCGCUGGAAUGUCUCUUCAGUUCCAACCUAAAAUCAAUCUCGAUCAUUUUCUUCGUGUUUGGCAUGAUGAAUGCCCUGGGUUCAGUGUUGGGCUGUUUCUUGUUGUCGAGGUUGGAGCUCCAUCUUGUGAUGUCAGCAGCGACGACAAUAGCCCUUGUGUCACAGUGCGUCUUCCCCUUCCUGUACGAUGUAUACUCAGCCAUUGUCAUGUCCGCCAUUACCGCCCUAUGCAUAGGGGUACUCUUUAACAGUCGUAUUUUCCGAGCUGAUGACCUAUGGCCACAACAACCGUUCGCUGUCCAUCUGGUCAUCGCAGGGUUUGCUCUGGGCCCGAUCGUAGCGUCCUUGGUGGCUUCACCCUUCCUGAGCGACCAGGAACUACAACCCAAUAUGACCUCCCUCAACACAGAAAACGCGUCGCUGUGUCCCAAGAACACCUUUCGUGUUCAAUACGUAUACAUUAUCCUGGCGUGUUCUGGAAUCCCCUUGUCUGUCACCAUGAUGGUCCUCUUCGCCUACUUCCGCGAGAGAGCUCCCUGUUAUUCCUACAUAUUUGAGUCGAGCGCUACGGGCGACCGCUCCACCAAUCGGCGAGGAUACACUCUGUUUCUUGUGUUCUUUUACCUACUGUGUAUGCCAGCUGGGGAAUAUUCGUAACCUAUGGCAACCUGCUAUCGACGUACGGAGUGAACAGCAAGAUGGAGAUCAGCCCCAGCUACAUGGCGUUGAUAACAGCACUGUUCUGGGGAGCCUUUGUGACCGGGCGGAUUCUCAUGACAAUAAUCUCCAUCUUCGUUCGUCAGAUCUGGAUUAUAAUAGUCUGCUAUAUUGGCUUGUUUUCAGCAUCAAUACUGCUUAUUGUUCUCGGACGAGAAAGUGAGGUUUGUCUCGCAGUUGUCACGGCCUUCUUUGGAUUUUUCUGUGCACCUUUCUCCGCUGUGAGCUUCUCGUGGACCAGGGAACAUGUGAGGUUGACGGGAUUUGUAAUAGCACUAGGAAGUGUUGGGGAAUACACAGGGGCCAUGGUGGGCCCCUACGUGGGUGGUGUGCUUAUGGGGACGUACGGUUCGGAUGCCUUUCUGUACGUUGUGCUGGGUAUUGUGACCUACCAGUUUUCUAUAUUUUGCUGCUUCUACGUCAUAAGUAAAUACAUCCUGGAGAAAAGGGUAGAUGAACGAAUGCAGCUGCUUCAAUUAAGUUCAAAUGACUCAUUGAGUGAGUGAGUUUAGUUUUACGCCGCUUUUAGCAAUAUUCCAGCAAUAUCACGACGGGGGACACCAGAAAUGGGCUUCACACUUUGUACCCAUGUUGGGAAUCCAACCCGAGUCUUCGGCGUGACGAGCGUAUGCCUUAACCACUUGGCUACCCCAAUGCCCACUCAAAUGACUCAAGUUCUAUUUCAGAUUAGUACCAGUCAUUAGCCUAUCAUUGACGUGCCUUUGCAUGUGUUUGUGACUGGUGCCACUGGCGGGGCAGGAUACGUUAUGCUGUUCACAUAUCACUGUUCGUAAAGCACAUGCUCAUUAUACAUACUUGUACUCAACUAGUAAUUUGCGUCCCCGUGAGGGGUGGCGGGGUAGUCUAGUGGUUAAAGUGUUGGCUCGUCACGCCGAAGACCCGGGUUCGAUUCCCCACAUGGGUACAAUGUGUGAAGACCAUUUCUGGUGUCUUAUGCCGUGAUAUUGCUGGAAUAUUGCUAAAAGCGGCGUAAAAGCAUACUCACUCACUCAAUUUCCUCCCCGUAAACUUAUUUAGAUCUAACGUGCUGGGCAAAGAGGGUAUACACCAAGUAUGAAAGCUUAUGAAAUGUUACUUAAUCUCGAUAACCUUGGCUAUGAGACACGGGCUUCAAAAAUUCGCUAACUUUCCAAUCCUCAAUAUAGCCUUAAUAUUCCA